UUAGCAUUCUGGCUACUUUUGUAGAGCGCUCUCCUUGUCCUUCCAAUGCUUUUCAGUACGGGCUGUUUCAGAUCCCAUCCCAACGAUAUUGUUGCACGUAGGUCUGUCUGCGAUGCACGAUAACAUUUACACGAUGCGAGAAUGUUGCAAAUGAAAAAUCGUUUAAAAUACUGUUCGUUAGCUAUUGCGGCUGGGAGACUAUUCUCUUCUGGAUCCACGAAAAAUCCUGUUGUAUACCUUGACAUUGCCGCUGACGGUGAGGAAAUUGGCAGGAUCAUAAUCGAACUGAAUGCCGACAUCGUCCCCAAAACAGCAGAAAACUUCAGAGCCCUGUGCACAGGAGAGCAUGGAUUCGGAUACAACGGUUGCGUCUUCCACCGAGUGAUUCCCGAGUUCAUGUGCCAGGGAGGGGAUUUCACAAACCAUAAUGGCACUGGUGGAAAGUCCAUAUACGGAAAGAAGUUCAAGGAUGAGAACUUCAAAUUAAAGCACACAUGCCCAGGCAUUUUGUCCAUGGCAAAUUCAGGUCCAAAUACCAACGGAUCCCAGUUCUUCAUCUGUACCAGUAAGACUGAAUGGCUGGAUGGGAAGCACGUGGUGUUUGGUCAAGUGACGGAGGGCAUGGAGGUGGUCUCCGUCAUGGAGUCCUACGGCCUGCACGAUGGAGGGACCACCAAGAAAAUUGUUAUCACAGACUGCGGAGAGCUUAAGUAAUCUUAUUGCAAUUCAGGUUAUUGCAAUUUCAAGAGGGCGCGGGUUCAUUCGACAAGAUUUGCAAUGACUAAAGCAAUAUGGGUUAGUCCUUGGUGACAGAGUUACGCUUAUUUACUGUUUUUGUCACAAUUUUGUUUUGAUGGAAAAUUGUAGGAAAUGGGAAAGUGAAUAGAUUGUCUAUAAUUUCUUUGAGAUCUUAAAAUAUGCUGUCAGUUCGCCGUGACAAUGUGAUUCAUAGACGCUUACUAUGUAAGCACAGACUAGAGGGUUCAAUCAUCAGUUUGCAAACGUAACAUUUUUAAUGACUAAAUGAAAAUGAAAGAUAUAUGAAGAUAUAUGUAUCAUCUGCCAAAGCAUGUCAUAAGGAAUGUAUUUUGAUUUACAUUUAAAAGAGUCUUUUUGAAAUGCAUGUAAUUACAGAUGUAUGAAAGUUGCACCCAAUUCACUACAGGGUGUAUACUAAAACCUGGUGUGUGUGUUUUUAUUAAAUCAUACUUUUUAAGUACA